GUCCCGGGUGGCCAUGGCCGAGGAGGCUUCCCGCUGCCCGCUGCCACGUCUGUCCCGAGCGUUCCUCCUGCGCGGGGCCUUGCUGCUCGCGACUGUGGUGCUUGCGGGAUCCAUCUGCUACUUCUGCAGCCCCGGCCAGACCCCGCGCCGGUGUGAGCCGCCAGGGUGGGAUGUGGCUGAACUUCACCUGAACCUCACAGGUCCGCGGAGGGACCAAAGGCUGCACUGGUAUGGGAGCCCAGCCUUGGGCCGCUCCUUCCUUUUGGGUCCAGAGCUGGACAAGGGGCAGCUCCGCAUCCACCGUGAUGGCAUUUACAGAUUGCAUGUCCAGGUGACUCUGACCAACUGCUCCUCCACGAGUCGCACCCCACCGCACAGGGCCGCCCUGACUGUGGGCAUCUGCUCGUCUGCCACCCGCAGCAUCAGCCUGCUGCGCCUCAGCUUCGAACAGCGCUGCACCGUUGCGUCUCAGCGCCUGACGCCCUUGUCCCUCGGGGACAUUCUCUGCACCAACCUCACCCUGCCACUGCUGCCAUCCAGGAACACUGAUGAGACUUUCUUUGGUGUCCAGUGGGUGCACCCCUGACCUCAACUCCUGGCUGCUGUGGAGGCUGGGAGUCCAAGAUCAAGAUGCCCAUGAAUUCGGUGAAAUUUCGCCUCUGCACCCUCUGCCCCUUCCUGCUGGUCUUCAAAGGAACCCAGGAGUUCCCUUGAGCCUUUCAUAAGGACACUAAUUCCAUUCAUGAAGGUGGAGCCCACUUCUCUGAAUCACAUCUUACAGGAUCCCUUUCUUUUCAUGUUUGUUUGGCUUUUUUAAAUCUUUUUCAUUGGCAAGCAGAGAGAGAGCGAGAAUGGGCAUGCCAGAGCCUCCAGUUGCUGCCAAUGAGCUCCAGAUGCAUGUGUCACUUUGUGCAUCUGGCUUUAUGUGGGAAUCAAACCUGGGUUGUUAUGCUUUGCAGACAAGCAUCUUAACUGCUGAACCAUCUCUGCAGACCUUCCUUGGCUUUUCUAUUACUGACUUUGGCAGUUCUAGGCUGGGGCCCAGAGCCUCGCAAUGCUGGGCAAGGGCUGUAACACGCAGCUUCUUCCUCAGCCCUA